CUUUCCCAUCCACUGUGUCCCUGCCCCCCACCCCAACCUUCCUUCACCACCAAAACCAGAACCCCAUCGCCACCUUCUCUUCCGCCAUCUCCACAUCCCUCCUCCUCCUCCUCCUCCACCACCACCACUAAAUCCAACCAUUCAAAGCAACUCGUCAUUCAACCUUCCAGUUCAAAUAAAAACCAAGUACUCCACAACACUCCAAACCCAAAAACAUCAUCCUAUCCAAAAGGUUCCGAAUCCAACGAACUAAACCCGUCGUCGUUUUGGCCCACUGAAUUAUCGUUCUUUCUCAGCAGUCAGCACACCCUCCAUACACACGUGACUCUCCCUCGCCCUCAUCUUCCCCACUCGAUCGUCUUCUCCACCCAGCCACCUCUGCCAAAUUCCAAUCAAGUCUUCCCAUUUCUGCAACUCCCCAAAAACCCCUAAAUGCCCCUCAAAUCCUAGACUAAUUACUUCCUCCUCCAACUCUUUUCUUCUUCACCUAUCGGUUUUGUUCUGGUGAAGGAACGAGAUGAUGGGCUCUGAGAACCGGGCCUCCGACGAAGCCCACCUCCUCGCACCGAAAGAAGAAAUGGAGGAUCUCGUCCUUGACGCUCAAUUGAAUGGUAAUAAAUCGUACUCAAAUUAUUGCAGCGCCAUGUCGUCACUAUUCGAUACGACACAACCCCUUUCGUCGUCGCCGCCUUCGCUACCACCACCUCAACAACGCCAGCCGACAUCGAUCCCCUUUUGGCGCCCUCACCAUAUCGCGAUCUCCCCCGACAACUCCACGUACAUCGACCCGCCUUCUUACAUCAACGUGACCUUCAGCCCUUUCGAUGCCGAAAUCGCGGCCGAAGGCAACGGCAACGAGAUCCCCUGCAAGAGCUCUGACGACUCGAAUAUAAUAUAAGAAUCAAGGAAUGGAUGGAGCAGACGACCCUUCCGGAUCAGUAUUCAAUGCGCUGCAUGAGGUCCUCAUGGAGCUGAUCGCCAAGAAUGUAAGGAUUAAGCCCCUCCUCAAAGACAUCAAAUCCAGGUUAGACUCUUUGGAACCAUUGUUGAAAUAUAUAGAAAAAGAUAUAGAAAAAUCCAAGAAAUUGGAUCUUCCGGUUGUGGAACUGGAAAACUUAGAAGUGCAUUUGGAAGAGGGCAUAGAGCUCGUUCAAAAGUGCAUAAAGAUUCGACGGUGGACCACAUACAAACGGUACAAAUACUCCAACAAGCUGACUGGAUGGGAUAAAUCUCUUCAACGACUUUUGGAAAAGCUAGACGUUCAGGGAAUAAGGGAUAUGAAGGACAGCCCGGUUUUGGUGAAGAAUAUAGAGAAGGCGGUCAGCAAAAUUCAAUCGAAUCUGGGGAUACCAAAACAACCCGACAGUGAAACUUGGUGUGCAGCACCUGAACUUCCACCGCUUGUGGUUGGGUUGGAUUUUCCUCUAAAGGAAUUGAAGAGGAAGCUUCUAAAGGACGAAAAGGUAUCAAUGGUUGUGCUGACUGCUCCCGGAGGAUGUGGGAAAACCACUUUGGCUACAAAGUUUUGUCAAGACAAGGAUGUCAAAGAUACAUUCAAGGAUAAUAUCUUCUUUGUCACGGUUUCAAAAAAGCCUAAAUUGGAAAACAUUGUUCAAGAUCUAUAUCAACGAAAGGGUUUCCAGGUACCUACUUUCCAAAACGAAGUUAGUACAGUGACGUGGCUGCAACAUUUUCUUAAGAAAGAAGGGCAGAAUCCUAUACUGUUUGUCCUGGAUGAUGUUUGGUCUGGAUCAGAAUCCCUUGUGCAGAAGUUUGAUCAAUUCAAAAUGGAAAAUUACAAGUUUUUGGUGACAUCUAGGUCUGAAUUUCGGGGAUAUGGUUCCCCUUAUUAUUUGCGAUCAUUGGAUCGUGACAAUGCGAUGAAACUUUUUCAUCAUUCAGCAUCCCUUGGAGAUAAGAGCUCUCAUAUUCCAAAAGUUCUUGCAGAAAAGAUAGUCGAACGUUGCAAGGGAUUUCCGCUUGCUAUUACAGUGGUGGGGAGAUCGCUUUGCGGGGAGCCUAUAGAGAUAUGGCAAAAAAGAGAACUUGAAUGGUCUAAAGGUUUUUCUAUUCUUGAUUCAGAGACUGAAUUGCUGCUCUGCCUUGAACGAAGCUUGGAUGCCAUAGAUAAAGAAAUCAUCAAGGAAUGUUUCUUAGACUUGGGUUCAUUUCCAGAAGACCAAAGAAUCCCUGUUGCUGCCCUCAUUGAUAUCUGGGCAGAGUUAUAUGAUGUAGAUACAGAUAUAGAGUGCAUUGCAAACCUCUAUGAGCUAACCAAACGUAGUCUAGCUAAUCUUGUUGUUACAAGGAAGGACAAUAUGGUGGGGGACGGGUACUACAGUGAGCACUUUGUUACCCAUCAUGAUGUUGUUAGGGAGCUGGCUAUCUACAACACAAAAAAAGGACCAGUAGAACAUAGAAAAAAACUGAUUAUUGACAUAUGUGGAGACAAUCUUCCAAAAUGGUGGAGAGAACAAAAGCAUCAGCCAAUGAAGGCCCGCUUAAUAUCCAUAACAACUGAUGAAGGGUUUUCAACAAAGUGGCACGACAUGCAAAUGCCAGAAGCUAAGGUUUUAGUAUUGAAUUUCCAGACAAAGAAUUAUGCCUUACCCGAAUCUUUGGUGAACAUGGAUGAAUUGAAGGCUGUGAUAGUCACAAAUUAUGGUUUCUUACCUGCUGAAUUGAGUAACUUUCAACUUUUGAGUUCGUUACCAAAUCUUAAGAGAAUCAGAUUAGAACGCAUCUCAAUUCCUUCUAUAACCAACAAUCCCAAACAAUUGGCGGGUCUGAAGAAGAUAUCCUUGUUCAUGUGUAACAUUGGUCAAGCUUUCAACAACGGUUCCAUCUCAAUCUCAUCAGCAUUCCCAAAUCUAGAGGAAAUGAACAUCGACUAUUGCAGUGAUUUAAUUGAAUUGCCCGUCGAGGUUUGUGAUCUUAAUAAACUAAAGAAGCUCGGUGUCACUAGCUGUCAUAAACUAUCUGCCUUGCCUGAAAGGAUUGGAAAGUUGGAAAAUUUAGAAAUGUUAAGGCUAAGAUCCUGCACAGAACUGUCAAAGCUUCCACCCUCAAUGAAGAACCUGGGAAAGGUAAACUUUCUUGACAUAUCUGAUUGCUUCAACAUCAAGGUGUUGCCCGAAGACAUUGGUGAAAUGAGUAGUUUAAGAAAGAUCAACAUGAGACAAUGUUCAAGGUUGCAAGAGCUGCCUCCAUCAGUCAUGGAUCUUGAGCAGUUAGAGGAAGUGGUCUGUGAUGAAGAGACAAAAUAUUUGUGGGAGUCUUUCUCGUCGUGUCUCAACAACCUGAAGAUUAUUGUGACCAAAGAGAAUAUCAACCUAAAUUGGCUCCACAAGACUCAGUUCUGAGGUAUUCUAAGUUGCAGUUUACUGUAUUCUAGCCGAUAUGCCAUUUAUAUGUUGUUGUUAUUGUUGUUAUCAUUGAUAUUGCAAAGUUAGAAUUGUCAAAAUAUAAUUUGUGAUGCCCAACUGUAAGUGCAGUAUUAGGAUGCAUGAUCCUCACACAAACUCCCCUAAAAGUGUGGUGAACUCUUGUUACAAACUCCCCUAUUGUAAGUGAUGAUUUCGUUCAGGUGUGCAACUGUUGGCUAUGACCAACAGAUUGUUUGUUUUAUGUUAUUAAUAAGCCAUUUGCUUGCGCCGCAAGAAACUGGCCUUCUUCUCAAUGGAUUGUUAUUUUGGAGGGGUUAAAUCCAUA